UGAUCUUUUGUACUGACGAUUCAUCGCACCACAGACCAUCACUAUGGAAAAGCAACAGAAGACUGAAAUCAGGCAACCAUGGGAUGCCAGCAGAGAAGUGCCAAUCAUUCAAAACGAGCAGAUGCCCAGGAAACGAGUGCUAUGUUUGAAAUGGUUCUCGUGUGCUGUUGUUGGGAUACUUGUCUUCAUUCUUGCAUUGCUCAGUAAAACAUCAUUUCUGCUUUUGAUAACAUCUGGAAACAACCAAACUAAAAGCGUACAUUCAGAUAAAAAAACGUCCAGUCUGCUUGGUAUAGGUUUUGUUCUUGCUGGUCCAAAUGUUCUCCUCUUGCUUAAGAGCAUCUGGAAGUUCAUUUUCAAAAGUGCAGUAAUGCCCUGUAAAAAGACUGUUUGUUGGGUGCUUUGCGUAGAGUUCCUGGUAGCAUUAGGAGCUGCAGUUCUCACAAUAGUAUCCAUGCCACAGUUUGACAUUGUCACUAAUGUGAUGAUUCUGAACAGUGUAACUAUCCUGUCUGCUGUGUUCCAAGUGGUCGCUGAGUGUCUUGCCAAGGAGAGGAAGCGCUUUAUAAUGAUGCCUGUGUCAUCCAUUGUCCUCAUCAUCCUGGGUUACAUCCUUUUUGCGGUCAGUUUUCUGAUAAUAGAAGAAAGUUCUCUUCAGGUAAAAAUAUCAGUCGGCUUUGCCAUCGUGGGAACCAUCUUUGUUUCUCUAAACUGGUGGGAGAACUACAGUACACUUUUUGAUGUGUCAUUUUUGGCUGACAUUUCUAAUGACAUAGCCAGGUCCCGUAACGUGGUCGGCAUCAUCUCCAGUCUAAUGCGAAUUCUGGUUACUGCAGCUGUGCUUGGAGCUUAUGUCCCUUUGUCAGGCCAGGACUGGAAAUCUGUAUCUUUUUUCAUCCCAGCGGUUGUUGUUUCACUGGUGGCCAUUCAGAUUGUGUCCUCUGCCCUGUGUCGCUGGUUUGUGGUUGUGGCUUGCAAAAUGCAUGCCCUGCGCUGCAGCUUUCUCAUGCCCAUGUACCUGGCCUCAAUCACAGUUCUGGCCGUGGCUUUGGUGCCCGUUGCAAUCAUGCCCUUGGGACCCAAACAAAAUUCGACCUACUGUGAGAAUGUUCAGGAGACAUCUGAUGGCAUAUGGAUGGACAUGAUGAUGUCAGAUGUUAAAAGAACUCUGUGUGUCAGGAACAUUGUGCGAAACGUAAGGAGUGAAGGGCUUGCGUGUAUGGGCAUCUCAGCUCUGACCUGGUGGCUUGGACUCAUUCUCAGUACAAUUUAUGUCUGGUACCUGAGGAUCCAUCGAAUCGAAAGAACCCAAGAUUUGUUUGUGGGACGCAUGUAUGAAGGGGCUUUUCUGGAACAGUCCAUGUUGCUGAACACCCGUUUCGAGAUCAGAAAGAAAAUCAUAGAGAAACAAAAACAAGAAAAGGAAAGCAUAAAAGUGUUCCUCUGUGGAACAAUGUGGCAUGAGACCUAUGAUGAAAUGAUGAAGAUAAUCAUCUCUAUGUUCAGGCUUGAUAAAUACAGACCAAAGACCAAAAUAACAAAAAACAAAGACAAACAAGAAGAACAAAUAAAAAGCGAUGUGGAGUUUGAAUUCCAUAUUUAUUUCGAUGAUGCAUUUAAGGACAAUGAUAAUGGACGACAUGCAAAUGAAUACGCUGAAACCCUUGUUGAAGUCCUUACAGAAGUUUACACCAUUUUCAUUGUGGAGAAUCCAAGUAUAUUUAAGGAGAUGCCAACCCUCCGCUCUCAGAAGAUCAUACAAACUCCAUAUGGAGGUCGUCUAGAAUACACCCUCCCUAAAGGCAAUGUGUUGAUGGUUCAUCUCAAGGACAAGCAUCUUAUCCGACACAAGAAAAGGUGGUCUCAGAUUAUGUACUUGUAUUACAUUCUUGGCUGGAGACUUGACAGAAGGUACUUCAAAAUGUUUCAGGAAGGUGCAUAAGAGGAGUCCCUUAACGAGAAAUUGAAGAGAGAGAAGGACAACACAUACAUCUUGGCCCUGGAUGGUGAUACUGACUUUCAGCCAUCUGCAGUGAUGCUAUUGAUCGACAGACUUAAACUCUACCCAGAGGUUGGUGCUGC